CCACUCAGGAAACGCGAAGUGUCUCCAUUUGCUCAGGCAGGCGCAUUUUGAGACUCGCGGGGAAAACUUUUAUUUUUUUUCGUCGCUCCACGUCGGUGACAGAUUUUUAUUGAAACAACGAUGGGCUAAUAAAUCCUAGACGAACGUCUGGGUGAUACUUCAGUUUGAUUUCCCUUCGCAUUUGUUCAAGAAUAGCGGCGUUCAUCUCAGGUACCGCUGUAAGACCCCCACUGACAGUGGAUUAUGAUGGAUCUUCGUGUACUCCAUGAAGUGGAUGAGGAUUUAGGGUCAGAUGAGAUCUCUGCCCUGAAAUUCCUCUGCCUUGAUGUUAUUCCAAAAAAGAAGCUGGAGUCCAUAGAAGACGGCAAAGAUCUCUUUCUGAGACUGAAAGACAAAGGCUUUGAUGAUAAUCUUUUUGUAGUGGAGCUCCUGUACACAAUUCAGAGGUUUGAUCUUCUGAAGCACUUUAAUGUGACCAGGGAACAAGUCAGCAACCAGCUUCUGAUACCAGGAAACGCAAAAAUAUCUGCCUUCAGGAAAAUGCUUUAUGAGCUCGCUGAAGAAAUGACCACAGACGAAGUGAAGCGCUUUUACUUCCUCCUGAGUGAUUGUUUUUCAAAGCAGAAGAUGGGCGAGCAGCCGACAAUGCUGAACAUGUUGGCAGAGAUGGAGACAAAGGAAUUGUUGGGAGAGGACAAUCUAACGUGCCUUGAAGAAACCUGCAAGCGCAUAAAUGAGACUUUAGUCAAGAAAGUCAAGAAAUACAAAGUGGGCGGCCAAGGAUCUCCAACUGUGGGGACGUAUCCAUUUGAUGUGGGCCGAGGCUCCUAUCUGAGUUCUCCUACCAUCACAUCUGCAGUUCCAAUGGUGAGGAAGAUGAGAACAAAUCAAACAUGUCAGCCUCUGCAGAGUCAGCAGUGGAGCUCAAUGAGGGUCGCAUCCAACACCGAGCAAGACAUCUACAGGAUGGAGAGCAGACCCCGCGGGUUUUGUGUGAUCAUAAACAACAAGGACUUCAGCCAGGCCAGAAAAGACCCCUCAAAGACGCUGAAAGACCGGAAGGGCUCUGACGUCGAUGCAGAGUACUUGUCCAAGGUCUUCAAGAAGUUGUACUUUGAUGUGAUCCAGCUGAACGACCUGACGGCAAAACAGAUCUCCGAUACCAUGGCCAAGUUUGGCACUAGAACUAAUCAUGGAGGCAAAGACUGCUUUGUGUGUUGCAUCCUUUCACAUGGCCUGAAGGGUGCCAUCGAGGCAACAGAUGGACAACAAGUUGCAAUUCAAGAGAUAACCAGCUACUUCACCAGUCGCAAGUGCCCGUCUCUUGCUGGGAAGCCAAAGGUGUUUUUUAUCCAAGCUUGCCAGGGGCAAAAAUUCCAGAUGUCAAUACCAAUACAGGCAGAUGGCCCAACCUCUGAAGAAGAAGAAGAACAGGAGGAGGAGAAAGAGGAGGCGGCUCAGCAACCUGAAAGCGACAUGGAGAUUGACGCUAGCACAGUGCCAAUGGACGUCAUCCCGGAUGACUCUGACUUCCUGCUGGGCAUGGCAACCGUAGAAGACUACUUGUCUUACAGGAGCGUCUCCCGAGGGUCCUUCUACAUACAGGCAUUGUGCAAGAAUCUGGAAUUGGGCUGUGAGAGGAAUGAAGACAUUCUGAGUAUCCUGACCCGUGUGAACCGAGAGGUGAGUAGGGAGACCCUUCUGAACGGACGGCAGAUGCCAGAGCCUCGCUACACUCUGACCAAAAAGCUGCUGUUCCCCGUGGCCUGAACCUGCCAUUCACACGAGAGAUGAACGUCAGCUGUGAAGCCGCGAGGGUCUCGGCUCACUGAUCACGGGGAGGGACUCAGGGUCACCAUUAGACCUCCUGUGACGUGGGCUCCACUGCGCCCUCUUGUGUUGUUCUGUUUUUACUUGAAGGCCUGCCAUUGUUAGAUGUUAGGUAGCACUUGUUCAUUGGGCCAGGGGUUUGCUGUCGGAGGCGUCUCGUUCCUGCUGGGCUGUGUGGCUGUUCUUUAAGUGUUAUCGAUCUGUUCAGCACUAACUGUUCUUACGUGUUCUGAGGUGUUGUGCCCAGUGCUGGCCACGCUGGCUCCUCUGACCACACAGAUCACCCCUCAAGUGUGGUGCUAAUGGAGAGUCGGAACCCAACAUCUGUUGCCAGCUAACCACUAACAGCCUUUGCAAUUCAGUUUCUAAAUAAAAUUCUUUUGUAAAGUG